AUAUCAUUUCCUACAUGUGUUUAUGACUUUGUUGCUGGUCAAAUAACAAGAUAAUGAGAUUUGGAUGAUAUAUAGAAAAUGAAACUAACCUUAAAUCUACUCAGAAGAACUGACUACUGGGACAGAUUUGUACAUCGGCUGGUCAGACAGACAAUCGGACAAAGUAAAUGUAAACCAUUAAGGGGCUGGAGAGAGUGGGAAAAAGAUUGGCGUUUUACUAAAUAUGGACCCACUCACCCCACAGAGCUGAGGUUAAAUGCUAUAAGUUAUGGCUUGAAGAAACCUCUCAUGACUCCAUAUUAUGAACCCUAUAUAUUUGAAAAGGACAUGGUGAUCUGUAUGGUUGGAAAAGAUAAAGGUAAAAUCGGAGUAGUAGCAGAAGUGUUUAGAGAUGUCAAUGAAGUGAUCGUGGAAAACAUGAAUGUUAGAUAUGAAGUUAUGCGAGGUCAGACCUUCAGUAGGAUGGUUCCACUGAAACUUCCAGAUGAAGUUAAAUUGAUUGAUCCCACAGACAAGUCACCAACAGAUAUUUUAUGGCGGUACCUGGAGGAUGGAACUAGGGUCCGUGUUUCUAAGAAAUCCGGCCGUAUUAUCCCUAUCCCCAUAAACGAAGAACAAAAAACAGAAGGGGAUGAGAUUGCCGUAAAUUCAUAUUCUAUCAACAAGGAUAAAGAUACGGACAAAAAUGAAGUGAAUCUAGUGACCUUUAAACCAAAGUUAAAGACAUUUGAACAGGACAUAAUGGAUCAGAUGGGUAUCAAAGAGGAACGUGAAUACAGGCCAACGUUCUGGUACUGAGUGGUCUUAGAGAGAUGUAUAUUGAUAAUAAAACGGAAAAAACAAAACUGUUUUUAGUUCAGAUAGGACAAAGGGUUCACACGAGUUAUUUUUAUGACUUGAGACUGAGCUGCAUUUGUUUGUUGUUCUUUGUUUUUUCUUUGUAGCUACAUGCUUGUAAAUUUUUGAACAUCCACUUCUCAGUAACUAGUAAACCAA